AUAGAUAUGGGCACCCAUUACGCUACAUUAGGUGUUCCACAAAACGCCAGUGACGCCGAAAUCAAAAAGGCGUAUCGGAAGCUGGCUUUGAAGUUGCAUCCAGACAAAAAUCCAUCAAAAGAAGCAGAGGAUGAGUUCAAACAGGUUAAUGAUGCCUAUACGAUAUUGAGUGAUCCUACACAGAAGAGGAAGUACGAU